UGUGUGUGCAUGUGUGUGUGCAAGUGUUUGUGGUCGCUGCACUGAGGAAGAGGAGGAAAAGCGAGAGGCAGCCGGCGGGCGGACGUCCUUGUCCUUGGGAAGAAGAGAGAGAGACAGAGAGGGAGAGAGAGAAGAAAAAAACAGAAAACCUGCACACGAGAAGUCAUUGAGGCAAGCCAGGAUCCAGCUGCAUCUGAGCUCUGAGAGCACCAGCCGAUUAUGCACCGUGUGUCUGAGCACGCGCCCGCCGUUUGAUCCGCACACAUCUUAAUAUGAGGAAUGUUGGUCCCGAGGGAUCUCUCGGAACGCAGAAUGAAUGUAUCAAAGGCCCAAGUUAAUAGCGAAGAUAAGUACGCCAAAUGCGGCACGUGGAGAAUGCAACAGCAUUACGACGUCGAGGCGAGUCACAUGCGCGAUGCGCAUGCACUAUAUAACCAAAGCAGGCUGCUCUGCAGAAUGUCCAGCAAAGACCGCCACAUUGAGUCCAACUGCCCCUCCUACAUUAAGACUGAACCCUCUAGCCCUGCCUCGCUGACAGACAGCGUCAACCACCACAGCCCCGGCGGCUCUUCGGACGCCAGCGGCAGCUACAGCUCUGCCAUGAACGGCCACCAGAACGGCCUGGACUCACCAACCCUGUACGGGCCGGGCGGUGCGCUAGGCCCCAACGGAGCUGGUACCAAGCGCUACGAGGACUGCUCCAGCACCAUUGGCGAGGACUCGCAGAUCAAGUGUGAAUACAUGCUGAACUCCAUGCCCAAGCGCCUGUGCCUGGUUUGCGGCGACAUCGCCUCGGGCUACCACUACGGCGUGGCCUCCUGUGAGGCCUGCAAGGCCUUCUUCAAGAGGACCAUUCAAGGCCUGGCCACAGGGAACAUCGAGUACAGUUGUCCCGCCACCAACGAAUGUGAGAUCACCAAGCGCCGACGGAAGUCCUGCCAAGCCUGCCGUUUCAUGAAGUGUCUGACCGUUGGGAUGAUGCGAGAAGGAGUGCGGCUGGACCGGGUGCGCGGCGGCAGACAGAAAUACAAACGCCGGAUAGACGCAGAAAACAGUCCCUACCUGAACCCACAGCUGGCCCUGCCACCCAAAAAGCCAUUCCCCUUUGGCUGCCUUGCAGAUAACAAAAUUGUGUCGCACUUGCUGGUGGCUGAGCCUGAGAAGAUCUACGCCAUGCCGGACCCCACCGUACCGGACAGUGACAUCAAGGCCCUGACCACGCUCUGUGACCUGGCUGACCGCGAGCUAGUUGUCAACAUCGGCUGGGCUAAGCAUAUCCCAGGGUUCUCAACGCUGUCGCUGGCCGACCAGAUGAGCCUCCUACAGAGCGCCUGGAUGGAGAUACUGAUCUUACGCGUGGUCUACCGGUCACUGCCGUUCGAGGACAAGUUGGUCUACGCUGAGGACUACAUCAUGGACGAGGACCAAUCCAAGCUGGCUGGCCUACUGGACCUGAACAAUGCCAUCCUGCAACUGGUGAAGAAGUACAAGACCAUGAAGCUGGAGAAAGAGGAGUUUGUUACUCUUAAAGCUAUAGCGCUCGCGAAUUCAGACUCCAUGCACAUAGAGGAUGUGGAUGCAGUGCAGAAGCUCCAGGAUGUUCUGCAUGAGGCCCUGCAGGACUACGAGAGCAGCCAGCACGUGGAGGACCCACGCCGGGCCGGCAAGCUGCUCAUGACCCUGCCUCUGCUCCGGCAGACCUCUACCAAGGCUGUGCAGCACUUCUACAGUAUCAAACAGGACGGCAAGGUGCCCAUGCACAAACUCUUCCUGGAGCUGCUAGAGGCCAAGGUCUAGCUCAGUCCCUUACUUAGGCCACACCCCUCGUUUGGAAAGUGGGCGGGUCAUAUCGAUGACCCCACCCGUUUCGCCAGGCAGGCAGUGACUGAUUCUCCGCUACUGACGGUGAAACUUUUGUCUAUAAACGGUAUCAAAUAAUGACAAGAAACAAACAUAACCUUUAUGGUACUCGUAACUAUUGACAGUGAUACAUACAUUACGGAAUGAUUAAAGUGUCGUUAUUGAGAAAAAUGUUGAAGGGGGGGGGGGGGACUGCUUUCUCUAUUUAGCAGUGGGACUUGGAACCAGCUUUUGACUUGUUUUUCUCCAAAAUCUGAUGCAGUUUCUAGAGCUAUCGAAAACAUUUUGUUGAUUUUCACAAAACCUGGAGCCGAGAAAGAUCAGCCCUGCCAAAGGAAGGAGUUCCACUGAGUUGGAAGCCAGCAAACUGUACUGUCCUAAACCCAUGUCCAGCUAUCAUCUUAUUCGAGGAACCUAGGAAGAAUCCCUCUUUAUCAGACAGCCGCAACAAGACGACUUGCAGUAGUAUUACCACCAGACCUCACCGGAGCAGUUAGCCAAACAGAGAUUUCUUUGGUUUUGUUUUAUUCUUUUUCUUUUUUUUUUUAUGCCUUUUAUUUCCAUAUUUGAAGAAGCUGCUCCUCUCAUUAAUUUCACCACAGUCACCGGGGUUUGAUUCCCUUCUGGUUUUUUUCAAGUCUUCCAAACACUUCUAGCCACUUUUAAUGAUUUUAUCUGUAUCUUUUCAGGGAAUAGCCUGAGCUUUAGUCUCUCAUGCAAUACAAAACAAAGAGGUACUGCGGUGGACAAGGAAUAGACUAAUUUAUUUAUUGAUAUUGUUUUACUGUGUUUUAUUUUGGUGUAUUUUUACUUCAAUGAAGGGUGUAAAUAGGCUUUGUGGUAUGGUCAUCAUACACAAGUUUUGUUCAUAAAUGUUACUGGAACUGAUUGCUUUUCUACCAGCUUGACCACUUACGAGUCAUAAAAAUAAACCCUCGCGAUCUUCUCCAAGCAAUAUAUGUUCUCCUAAAAAGCAGAGGUGUGUAAAUGUAAUGCGAUUUCUGUUAGUGCCCGUCUUCUUUGGGAAACUGAAUUUCCUGCAGCUUUAGCUUUCGUUUCUGUGCUUGAUAUAAGAUGAUAGUUGACAGAAAUGAUGGCAAGAAGGACCAUAAACAUUAACUCAUAUGAUAUAUGCAUUUAUAUUAACCCCAAUCUCUUUACUUUUAUUGGCAUUAUUUCAUAUCAAAGCAGUUAUAUGAACUUUGUGAAGCAAGUUAGCACUUAGGCGAGACGUCACCACUACUUGGAGUAACGUUGUAGCUCUAGUUUCAUGUCGGUCCUAUUUUUUAUGAUGAAUAGAGGCUCCGAUAUCAUGAUGUAAUCUUCACAACCAGACAUUUCUUUAGCGGAGAAGCUAAGUAACUAAGCAAGCUAUCCACAGCACUCAUCUGAAAUAUGUCAGUAUUAGUAUGGGGUAUUUUCUGAAUAUUCUUAAACGUUGUAAAUUGUAAAUUAACAGAUUAUAAAACUAACCUAAGACAUUUUAUUGGAACAAAAUGAAAAAAAAAUGUAGUUCAGCUUGAUGUUUCAUGUCUGCUGUGCUUUCUUCUGAACCAUUUAUUUCUUUUUCUCCCUCCUUCUGUUCCAUGCAAUGAUGUUGUGUGCUUUUCGUGGUGGUUCCAGUUUUUUGUGCUGUUUUUUUUUCUUCUUUUCUUUCUUAUUCUUUCUUUUUUUUAGAGACAGGGUAGAUAAUAGAGACACUACUGGAUGUACAAAUCCUCAGGAGACGAGUACGAUGGGUUCUCAAAUAACUUGCUGAAGAAAAAAGACUUUCUAGUUCCUGCUAGAUCAACAAGGUCCGCAAUCAAUGUAAUCUAUACUGAUGUAUAAGUGAUUUAACAGUUAUUUAAAGGAAGGAACAACAUAUAUUAAAAAAGGGAUCAUUUUGUCUAACUACUUUCCUGUAGAGUAACACUGUAUAUCUUAGGUUAAAAUGAAUAAUACGCUUUUGAGUAUCUCAAAACAGUAGUGGAUUUUUUUUUUCCACUUGUUUUUUUUUUUCCUCCUUAACAAGACGCUGUACAUAAGGCCUUCCAUGCUAAACAACUUCGUUGUAAUAUUAUCUUUACUCUUUGAGGCUGCAAAGGGAAAAAAGAAAAAACUUUAUGUUUUGGUGUAGGAUCAGUUUCCAAAACUAUCGCUUAAACUUUGUGUGCUAAAUAAAAAUGAAAAAAGGACUUAAAGAAUAGAUUUUUUAUUUUUAUUUAUUUUAUUUUAUUUUAUUUUUUGGAAUAAAACGGGGAUGGGAUUUUAUUUCAUUUCUGUUUCCUCCCUUCUGUCUUGUUCUAUAAAUACCGUGUAAUAUCUAUCAUUAGCUAUACAGAACUAUAAUUAGAUUGUGCUUUGGAGAGGUUAGUGUAACGUAACUGAACAUUAUUCAUGGAAACUCAUCAGAUGAAACGGUCAAAAACAGGAGGGUUCUUGCUGUUGAUAGGACGUUGGCACUUUCAUUUUUUUACACAACACAACUCGUGGCAGAAAGGUGCUGUUUCUUUGUGAUUUUUUUCUUUCUAUCCUGUUGUCUGUUACGUUGUCUUUACCAUGAAAAACGGUACUGAACACUAAGCAGAUGGAACUUAGGAAACCGUAACCUGCCAGCGAUUUUAAGCUGAGCUUUUCAACCACUUUUAGUUUCGUAAUGUCACACAGAUGUUGCAGCAAGCAGUCCUGGGCCUGUGUGCACUGAGUGUGCUGACCUGGGGUCAGCUCUGUUUCUCUCUGUCUGGUAAUAUGAACAACAAAACGAAACUGAUCCUAGAUCAGCGCUCUUGCUUUAAGAAGUCUGGCGCAUAACCCCUGCUCAGUCUUGAGGUGCAUUGAAAUACUGACCUUUUCUCAGAUCGUUCACAAAGCUUUCUUAUAAACGGAGCAUCCUCGCAGAAGAUAAAGCGUUUUGUGAAUCUGUAGUGACCAUCAUUUUGGACAGUAUACUCCACGAGCAGCUUAGAUCAUCAGAAGGCUUUUGCUCUGUGUCUUUUAGCGCGCUACUCGAGCCCUGAGCGCAGAGCGAAGUGUAAUUUAGCCAUACCGACGACUUUUUUCCAACAUAUUUUCUUAUUUAAAGCAAUACGACUGUGCGGCAACCAGGUGUCGCACUUUGUGAUUGAAUUAGAUCAAAAUGCUGUAUUUAUUGGACUAUUUUGCAAUUUAAGGAAUAUUAGGAACAAUAAUAUGAAGAUGUACAAACAACUGCUAUUUUUUAUUAUAUAUGACGUUAUGGGCGUUGGUUAUAUUUAUUCUCGUGUCGGUGUCUGCCAAACGCGGCGAGGGGUUUCGCGGCGGUCGAACCUGCAAAGUGUGGAAAACACUGAUGGAAAGGAAGAGCUUGAGGAAAAAUAUAUAAAAAAAAAGAGAAAAAAAACAACCUUAUAAGAUCAAUAAGAUAAUGAUAUAAAUUUCAAUCCAGGAGUUGCUGAAACAGCCUGUAGUGAGAACCAUGUCUGUAGUUCUAGAUGUGCUCCACAUCAGUAAAAUAAUUAACUGUAUAUUUUUGUGAUGUGUAUCAUACAGUGUGCUCCAACGAUUCUGUCCAUUUGUGUAAAUGUAUUUAUUUUACAUUGUAUAUAUUGUUCAAUGCAAAAAGAGAGACCUAUGAUUCUGUAACUACGGUCAGUUCAGAUGUGUAACUCCAAUUAUGCCUUUCAGGAUAAUGGUAGAGCAAUAUUAAAACAUGCUUCCAGUUUUGA